UCCGCCAUUCGUGAAUUGAAGCGCCAUUCGUGUGAGUUCGUCGCUUCCGUUCGACGGACUUUGCGACGUGUACGGGUGUGUGCGAAAGUAUGAAGUGAAAUCGUACUAAUAGUGUGUGAAAUGUUUAGUGUAAGUUUUUACUGUGCUGUAAAACCAAAAUGAGUGCGAACGGAUAAUAUAGUAUCUAAUAUCAGCUUUAAAACUAUAAGCUAACGUAGUACACGUAACAUUAUAUAUGAACGGUUUCAAAAUGGCUGUGUUUUGAAGGACCCUUUGUCCGCUUUCGUGUGCUUCUCCAGCAUGAUAGUGGGAUCAUACAGACAGAAGUUUAUCUUUAAAAGGGAAUGCAUGUCAUGUACCCGGAGCCGACCCAGUAUCGCAACAGUCAGUUCCAUCAGUCAGAUAACCACCCGGCCCAGUCGCCGGCGCAACCAGCUAAGAAGCGCCGAGUGCUGAGUCCGCAGCAGCACAACCAGCAAACGCAACAUACGUUAUCUGACAACACUCGUUGCAAGGACGCGUGGUGGUCAUCAGCCGGGGCGGGUUGCUGUGCGCCCGUCGUGCCGAGUCGCGCGUGCGAUGCGGAGCGGUCGCCUCCCGAGCCCCCGCCCGCUCUGCCUUGCGCCAGGCCCUGCUGCGCUAGCGACAACACUGUGGGAGAUAGCAGAUCACGUCGCGAGGCGGUGGCGGCGGCGGGAGGCGCGGCGGGCAGCGCGCGGCACAGGACGGGCGGGCACGGCGGCACGACGACGGCGCACAGCAAGCAGCUGGCGGCGGGCGGGGCCAACCACCCGGCCCAGCCGCAAGGUAACAAACGCUCCGGCUGCGGUGGCGAUGGCGACUACCAGCUGGUGCAGCACGAGGUGCUCUACUCCUCGUCGAAUAGGUACGAGGUGUUGGAGUUCCUCGGGCGAGGCACCUUCGGACAGGUGGUGAAGUGCUGGAAGAAGGGCACCAACGAGAUAGUUGCCAUCAAGAUCCUUAAGAACCAUCCCAGCUAUGCUCGCCAGGGGCAGAUUGAGGUGUCCAUCCUCUCUCGCUUGUCUCAAGAGUCAGCGGACGAGUUCAACUUCGUCCGCGCCUACGAAUGCUUCCAGCAUCGCUCGCACACAUGUCUCGUGUUCGAGAUGCUGGAGCAGAACCUCUACGACUUCCUCAAACAGAACAAGUUCUCGCCGCUGCCGCUCAAAUAUAUCCGCCCGAUAUUGCAGCAGGUUCUGACGGCGCUGCUGAAACUUAAGCAACUGGGCCUGAUACACGCGGACCUGAAGCCGGAGAACAUCAUGCUGGUGGAACCGGCGCGGCAACCUUACCGCGUCAAGGUCAUCGACUUCGGCAGCGCCUCGCAUGUCAGCAAAGCCGUCUGCAACACGUACCUGCAGAGCAGAUACUAUCGGGCGCCGGAGAUAAUCCUUGGCUUAGCGUUUUGCGAGGCGAUCGACAUGUGGUCUCUGGGUUGCGUGGUGGCCGAGCUGUUCCUGGGCUGGCCGCUGUACCCCGGCUCGUCAGAGUACGAUCAGAUCCGGUACAUCUCGCAGACGCAGGGCCUGCCCACCGAGCACAUGCUCAACAGUGCGUCGAAGACAGCGAAGUUCUUCUACCGCGACGUGGACAGCACAUAUCCGUUCUGGCGCCUCAAGACACCCGAGGAGCACGAGCUGGAGACCGGCAUCAAGAGCAAGGAAGCUAGGAAGUACAUCUUCAACUGCCUCGACGACAUUGGACAAGUAAACGUACCAACGGAUCUUGAAGGCGGCCAACUGUUGGCCGAGAAAGCUGAUAGAAGGGAAUUCAUUGAUUUACUGAAGAGAAUGCUUACAAUGGACCAAGAACGCAGGAUAACUCCGGGUGAAGCGCUCAACCACGCAUUCGUGACGCUCGCUCACCUCGUGGACUACGCGCACUGCAACAACGUCAAGGCCUCCGUACAGAUGAUGGAGGUAUGCCGUCGCUCCGGCAGCGGCGUAGGCGGUGUGGGCGGAGUGGGAGGCGUCGGUGGCGUCGGUGGCGUGGGCGUCGGAGUCGGGGGCGUCGGAGUGGGAGUGGGAGGGGGCGAGUACGUGGGCGGAGUGGUGGCGCCCGCAGCGCCCUCCGCGCACCACCUCGCUCUCACCAUCAACCAGCAGAGGCUGCGAGCCGCCCCAUACGAUAACCUGUACCAGCUGUACGGCGGCGGGCGCGUGGCGGUGGGCGGCGCGCGGCAGUACGCGGCGCGCGCGGCCGAGCCCUUCCCGCACCAGUUCGUGUCCUCCAUCCUGUGCCAGCCCGCCUACCAGGUGCAGCAGCUGGCCGCCGCCGCCGCUGCAGCCGCGGCAGCGCACCACCAGCACGGCGUGGGAGUGGGUGUGGGAGUCAGCGACGUGGGCGAGUGGCGCGCGCCGCUUAUCGUGGAGCCCGCGCCACUGCCUGAGCCCGACGUGUGGGAUUACCACCCUCACCACGCACAUCACCACCACCCGCACAAGAGAUCAACAAAGCAGCAGACGAGUGCCGUGCCGCAUUACCAGCCGCAUCACCAAGCGCAUCAGUACAGCAUGGCGAGCGGUGGCGGUAAGAAGGAGGCGACUCAGCUGUCGCCGGUCAAGAAGCGAGUCAAGGAGGGCACUCCACCUUCACGGCACAGACAUCAUGAUCACACAGUGCGUGGCGGCACAACAGCAGCGAGUGGCGGUACAGGCGCGUGGGAGGCCGGCUGUGGCGCGCACACCAUCACCAUCCGAGACACGCCAUCACCUGCAGUCUCAGUCAUCACCAUCUCUGACUCCGACGACGACGCGGAACCACGCACCAAUAGAGGUAGUGGCGAGUGCCCACCAAAUGCUCACGUUAGCAGCAACAAUGCGAACAACAGCAAUAACAGCAACACUAACACAACAACUACGGCAACGGGCGUGACGGUCAGCAGCAACGGUGGCGUUAUAUGUAGCGCACGCACGCCUCGUGACGAGCGGCACGUGAAGCACGAGCCACACCAUCAACCCUGCCAUCAUCAUCACACGCAACAACAACAACCGCAGCAGCAACAGCAGCAACCUCAACAACAGCAGCAACAGCCUCCCCCUCAACAACAACAGCAGCAACAGCAGCAACAGGCCCCGCCCCAGCAGCAGCAACAAGCGCCGCAGCGCCAAGCCGUGCCGGCGCCCCCGCAGGCCACGCCGCAGAGCCAGAAAAAGCGCCUGCUGGCGCUCGCGCAACAGGAGGCGCAGGCCAAGCUCGAGCCGCACCACGACCACCCGCCGACCGCCGCCGCGCACUACAAUAGCGGUUCGACGGUACGCCAGACGAAUGACUAUCAAUGUAAUCAAUAUGUUCCCACGCAACACAAUAAGAGGGAUAGCAGCGGCGGCUGUCGAGAAUAUCUACCGGUGAGCGGUGCGGUGAGCGGAGUGAGCGGUGUCAGCGGAGUGACCGGUGUUAGCGGAGUGAGCGGAAUGGGAAUGAGCGUGAACGUGGGCCCGCCCGCCGCGCACAAGCACGCGCCGCACGCGUGGCACCACCACCCGCACCCGCACUACAAAAGCGGCGCAGGCGCUGCGGGUGGUGGCGUGCUAUCGCCGGGCGGCGUGUCCCCCGGCUACCUGCCGCCGCCGCUGUACGUGCCCACCUACCACUACCACACUGGCGGUGUCAGCGGAGUGGGAGGAGUAGGUGGCGUGGGAGGAGUGGCAGGUCCGCCGCCCGCGCAUCACGGCAGUGGAGCGAGGCUGCCCGGUUACCUGCAGCCCUACUCGCCCACCUACCUCGUGCCGCAGCACCCGCAGCAGCACUUGUGGUACACCGACUGAGUAGCUGCCGGCGCGCUGGACCGGGGUGACCAUGUAGCGAUGCAAAACCCUUAUCAUCAAUUUGGGUAGACGAGCUACCGUCUCGCUGGGUCAUCGACCAGAUAUGGGUCAAGGUAUUAGCGAUCGAGUUGCGAGAGUAAUCGAAUAAUCGACUUUUCGUUGAACGAUUAUGUCAUCUCCAAAUAAGAAACUAAAAUGCGAUCAAGUUUCAUAAAAUAUAAUAAAUAAUCCAAUACCGUAAAAAUCGGAUGGCGAUUAAUAAAUUCUCGCUUGCUGGCGGUAUACGCGAAUCGAUACAGCAAAACUUGUAACGAAAAUCGACAUUGGAAGAUAAAGAAGAGUUGAAUUGUGAUAUUGACAAAGUGCAUCAGUACGAAAAUGUUAAAGACGUUUAUAGGUUUAAGAGCACAGAAUUUAAUGUAACGCACACGCUCGCUGCCCUUAUUGACGAACGAGUCAAAUAUAUGGUUGGAUAUAUCGACCCCUUUGUCCAUAAGGGCGGUCGAGUGUCCCUCGAGGAACAAAAUCGACCGUUUCUAUUCACACUGCAAUUUUUAAUUCAAAACUGUGACUAGUGUGUUUUGCGCGCGUGUUUUAAAUACAGUUCCUUGUGUACCGCGGCCUGUCUUAAGGCUCUGUGUUUAUAGUUAAUCAAUUUCUGUACAAAUUAGAUGUGAUUUAUAUUAUUCACAUUGUACGCGACCUACGAUACGUAUUCGCGUUAGCUUGAGUGAGUAUUGAGUGUUUGUUGUUUUAAUGUAUUCCUUUUCUAGAUGUGAAUUAGUUAAUUGCAAGAAUUUUAAAUUAAAAAAAAAAAACAAUGUUUAUUUCUAAAUGUAUACGCAAUGUAUGCGUUAGAUUUAGUGACGAAAGUUUUAUUUACUUGUAUAUGGAUUGUAAAUUAAUUUUUAAGUAAUUUUGCUGCGAGAGCGAAGCGAGUAGGUUGCAUUUACUAAUAUUUUAUCGUAGACUUAACGUUUCUACCAAAUCAUUUAAACAGUUGGGGAGUUUAUAUGUAUUAAAGCGGCGCCUCGUGAAGAAGCGAUCGUCGAAUGCACUGACGCGUUGAUUUUAUUUCUAGAUAUAACGCGAUAUGUAUAAUUUUUGUAGGUAUUUUAGUUUUUACGUGACACUGAUUUUGUCAAUUACAUCUAGAUUUUAUUUGUAUUGUAUAAUAGCGUAUCCGCUUUGGUAUGAGAUUUAUCGAUGUUUUAUGUUACGUUUCAUAUCAUGUAGCGUAGUGGGCUCCACGCCCGUCUGUUUAAUCAAACAAACAAACAAACAUGCUGUGUUUAUUACCUAUUUAAUCAUAUUAACUGGAAUUAUGUAGAUAUAAUCGUAACGUGUGUAGGGCGCGGUGAUGGAUAACUUGUAUAGAAUUAGAUUCAAUAUUAAACAAAAUAAAAAAAAUGGUUAUUUAAGAGUUUUAUAAAAUAUUUAGUACGGAAUAAACAUUUAUAGAUUACUUCAUGUUUAAUGUGCAUGUACGCUAAAGUUAGAUAGAACAAUACUGUUAAAUAUCCUUUGUCAUUGAAGACUUAUUGCUAAUACUUGUUUUGUUCUGGUGUUUAGUGAUACUUUGAGAUGCUAACUGUUACAUUUCGCUUCAAGCAUUGUUCUAAGCCUGGGUACAUGACUGGAAGCCAUAUCGACAGGCCCACAUCGUUCAUAUCAUUUGUAUAAUUUCACUUUGGUUUACUUAUAGAUUUCUUUUACUAUUGAUUUUGCUAUUGUAUAUAAGUUUAGAAGUAUACUAUUAUUUUAUUAUAAAAAUUAUCCUGAAUUCCUUCACACUUAGUCUUUGUCGAUAGUUUUUUGCUUAUUAGUUAUUUAAGAGUUUUAACCUGUAUGAUUAAUGACCAUUGUGGUACUAUUUAGGAUUUCAUUAUAAUGUAAUCGAUGCAGAUGUAAUGUCCUACCAAACGUUUUCGAAAUGACAACACACAUUUCUUUAUAUUAGUAUUUUAGGUUUGCUGCCUGACAAUAACUUUAUAGUUUAAUACACCCUGUAAUAUUAUUAUAGACAAUUAUAUUUAAUUAUUUUAAAUAUUUUCGAGCAUUGUACGGAAUAUUCAAAUGGUAUUACAUAUAUUCUGAACUUAUAAAUUUAUAAACCAGAUUUUUAAUUUUAUUAUUUUUUCUUUUUCCGUUUAAAAUCUCACUUAUAAACUUUUCGUCUAUUUUGUGCAAUGCUUGUCUUAUUGUUAAUGACGCGUCUUUUUUGUAUAAUGAAUAUAAUACAAAGCAUAAAAAAUGAUGACACCGAUCAAUAUACAUUACAAGGAAACGCAAGUAUCUACCAAAGUUUGCAUUUAAACUGUGACAAAUGAAAAAUUUGAAUUUUAACAGAAAACAAUUGUUACGUGACAUGAUAUGUAUUUUAUUUAAAAAAAAAAUGUGUACAUUAUUUACAAGACGCGUCAUAUAAUUUGAGUAGUUAUCGGUGAUCACGCAAAAUCAAUGAUCUCUGAGCCGUAAAGGCUUUCAACAAACUUGACCCCACAGUCGUCAAUAAGCACAGCAUUAUUGAAAUAUGAUAUUCGACUAUCACAAGUAACAUAUGAUAACAAAUAAUAAAAUAAUAUGCCCAAUUUAUUUUAAACUAAUUAAUAUUUCGAUGUUGCUAUUAUUUUUCUUUUAUAUGUGAUCUGUACCUAUGUCUAUGUUUUGGUUUCAAUUACAUAUACUUUUUUUUUAUAAUUAAAUAAUAUAAAAAAAUGUGUUACUCUGGUAGUCUUAUAUCCAUUAACUUAAUUUUCAUUAAUUUGUUAUUAAUUAAUACGUUUUAUUUGCGGAAUUUUUGGGGUUUAUUUUAAGUGUAUUAACAAAUGUAUUGUUAACUUUAUUUGAAUGUAUUUUUCCUAGUUUGUAUAGGACCAGCUUUUAUCGUUUAUCGUGAAUUAUUAUUGCCUUAUUAAUUAAAUGUUAAGCGUAUGUCUAACUGGGGGCAUAUUCGAUCUAUAAACAAAACAAAUGCUAUCAGUCCGUCUUUUCUGUGAUUUUUAUCGAUCGUAGUACUUGAAAAAUUUGAUUAUUGUAAAUUUGGGUUGUUGCAAUAAAUUUUAACUGAAAACAAAUUAAAUGCUAAUAGCUGGACGUAAUCAUGCCCCGACUGUAUGAUUAUUUAGUUGUAGUUGUCUGUUUCCUCAGCUGUACGCCCCGUAAUGUUAAAACUAUUGACAAUAAUAAUGUAACGGCCGACAUGAUGUACAAAUACGACAUAUUUGUAAGUUGUUUUACUAAUUUCUUUUUCAAUAUGUUUAAGCGCGAGGACCGCGAUUACUGCUUUAGUUCGUACGUCACCCCCAAACGCACAUUUGUGUUUUAUUUUUUAUUGAUUUCACUGUGAUUCUAAUGAAACUACUAAAAUAUUUUUUAUAUUUAAUUACACUUCUCCGUAUAAAUUAAUUUAAGGCUACGUUUGCUAUUUAAAUGAUUGAAAUCAUAACCUUUGAACUAUACGUACCUGUGGGUACGAGCUGAGAGCUAAUUAUAUAUAAUAAUGGGUAUUUUAUGUUUUAAUUUUAGUUUGUAGGCGCUCGUGUCUUUGCAGGCGGUGAACCAUUAACAUAACUUAAAUUUGGUGAUCAGGGGCUAGCACUGAUGUUGCUUAAGGUUUCUCUUCAUUAAUAAUCACAUAGUUAUUAUGAAAGAAUUAUUGUAAAUAAACAUCCAGAUACCCCUUUU